AUAGGUUGCAGCGAUACGCUAUGUUUCUGAGUGGAUAUAACUACACCAUAGAAUACAUACGUAGCGCCGAUAACAGCGCGGACUACUUGUCGCGCGCAAGCCUACCUGAUAACGCCAACGAUGAUUCAACGCGGAAGACAGUUUACGGCCACGAGACUAGUGAUAGUGACAGUUUAGCACCAAUUGAAGACCGUGCUUCUUAUGUUAACUUUGUUAUAGAUGGUAGUUUACCCAUUACGUUAAACGAAAUACGCGAAGGAACUAUUAAGGACUCAAUAUUAGGCAAAGUUGUUUUCUAUAUUACUAAUGGCUGGCCGAGGCGUUUAUCAAAUGAAUUAAUUAAACCAUACUUUCAUUGUAAGACUCAGUUAUCGUAUGAGAAUGGCUGCGUUAUGAGAGGACACAAAAUAGUUAUUCCUGAAUCUAUGAGAAAUAAAUUAUUAGGUGAGCUUCAUAAAUCACAUUUGGGCAUUGUUAAAACAAAGGCAGAAGCACGUAGCAGGUUUUGGUUUCCCGGAAUAGACAAAGCUAUAGAAAAUAUGAUUGCUAGCUGCGCGAUUUGUUUACAAUUGCGACAGUCACCAGCGCGUGCGCCGCUCGCUUUAUGGCCCCACCCACCGCAGCCGUUUUAUCGUAUUCAUAUAGAUUUCUUAGGUCCUAUUCAUAACCGUUCUUAUUUAGUAAUCGUAGAUGCAUAUUCUAAAUGGGUCGAAGCGUACGAUAUGGGUGCAAAUACGUCGACGUCAGCAGUGGUCAGCAAAUUAUAUGAAUAUAUGGCGAGAUUUGGUCUGCCACACACUUUGGUUAGCGAUAAUGGCACACAAUUUACAUCGAAAGAAUUUAAACAAUUUUGUCUAUCUAACGGUAUAUCGCAUGUGACGUCGCCCGCUUAUCACCCGGCUAGUAACGGACAGGCAGAAAGUUACGUAAAAGUGGUUAAGAAAGGGAUUAAAUCGUGUAUUCUAAGUAAUAAUAACGUAAAAUCAAUAGCACAUAAAAUGUGUAAAUAUCUAUUUGAUUAUCGAAACUCAGUACAUUCAACCACGGGCUGUUCGCCUGCUCAGUUAGUAUUUGGGCAUAAAUUACGAUCACGAUUAGACAUAAUAAAAACAAUACAACCACCGAUGUGUGUCACCCUCGCUCAACACGUCGAAAAUAAACAGUGCUUACAGUCUAAUGCAUCUAAUACAAGACGAGUACAUUGCUUUAAAUCGGGGGACUAUGUUUUGUAUAAAAAAUACAACAGUGAUAAACAAGGAUUCUGGAACAAAGGGGUUAUUGUGGAACAAAUAGGUAUAGUCGUUUAUAUUGUGAAAGACAGUCUAACUUCUUGUAAAAUUAAAAAACAUCAAAACCAGAUAAUACCCUACAAAGGAACAGGCAACUACUUUGGCCAUGAACUGGGCUGCUUUUGUAAGACGACUAAAAAAUCACGGUGUAUAGACCAGUUGUUAAGUAUGUUGGAUUGUCAUACAUCAAAUACACCAAUGAAAUGUAAACUUAAUCUAACAAUUAAUAACAAAUCUGAUAUUAGCAUACCAUAUCAAUGCUUGAUAGGUAGUUUAAUGUAUUUAUCUGUUUUAACUCGCCCAGAUAUAUCAUACUCAGUUAGUUACAUGUGCCAAUUUAAUAAUUGUUUUACUAAAGAACAUUGGCGACAUGCAAAAAGAAUAUUGAGAUAUUUGAAAAAUAAUAAACAUUAUGCUUUUAAAUAUGACUCAGGCCAGAAUUCAGGAAUUGUUGGUUAUGUUGAUGCCGAUUGGGGCAGUGAUGUCAUUAGUAGAAGGUCAUGUAUUUAAAUUGUCAAGUGCUGCAAUAUCUUGGGAAAGCAGAAAACAAAAGGGUGUUGCACUUUUUAGUACAGAAGCAGAAUACAUAAGAAUCUCAGAAUGUUGUAAGGAGGCUAUUUGCAGCGUCAUGUGCGAUGCGUCGUAGUGCGUGAACGUUAACAAUGGUGAUGUGAACGGGUCAAUGACCUCUAAAAUGCUAAAGUGCGCGAACUGUAAUUUAUUGAUAAAUGAGGUUCUGGCCUCAUUCAGAACAAGUGUGACGUGAUGGACGAAGAUUCUAUGAUUAGAUUGUGUAAAGUGGGGAGAAACCAUUUUAACGCGGAGUGGUCAGUGUUCACCGUAAAUGUUUGGCCGUUUUCGAGAUAGCACUGCCAGUGCUCGAGUGCAGUUAACACAGCAAGGGUCUCCCUUUCCGGUAUGCUGUAGUUUUUCUCAGGGCUGGUGAAAGAUCUACUCAUGUAGGCAAUUGGAUGUUCUUUACUGUCGAUAGUCUGCGUCCUACGCGAGUAGUUACGGUAUUGGUGCUAUGUUAAGCACCAAUACCGCAUCGCACAUGACGCUGCAAAUAGCCUCCUUACAACAUUCUGAGAUUCUUAUGUAUUCUGCUUCUGUACUAAAAAGUGCAACACCCUUUUGUUUUCUGCUUUCCCAAGAUAUUGCAGCACUUGACAAUUUAAAUACAUGACCUUCUACUAAUGACAUCACUGCCCCAAUCGGCAUCAACAUAACCAACAAUUCCUGGAUUCUGGCCUGAGUCAUAUUUAAAAGCAUAAUGUUUAUUAUUUUUCAAAUAUCUCAAUAUUCUUUUUGCAUGUCGCCAAUGUUCUUUAGUAAAACAAUUAUUAAAUUGGCACAUGUAACUAACUGAGUAUGAUAUAUCUGGGCGAGUUAAAACAGAUAAAUACAUUAAACUACCUAUCAAGCAUUGAUAUGGUAUGCUAAUAUCAGAUUUGUUAUUAAUUGUUAGAUUAAGUUUACAUUUCAUUGGUGUAUUUGAUGUAUGACAAUCCAACAUACUUAACAACUGGUCUAUACACCGUGAUUUUUUAGUCGUCUUACAAAAGCA